UUCAAUCGCACAUUUCAAUAAAUAAAAAAACAUCAUCAGUUUUUUCUUCUCCACCACCAAUUUCAUUACUUCACAAUCACCUACGUGUUUAUCCCAAAGUAACAAUCUUCAUCUCUUCAAUCCGCCAAAAUGCAGUUCUCUUACGCAACUAUCACCGCUCUUCUCGCUUCAGUAGCUUACUCCCAAUCUGUCGCCAGUGAAGUCGCUCAACUUCCUUCUUGUGCCCUUACUUGCUUAGCAACCGCUGUUCCGGGUGCUGGAUGUGGUCUCGCCGAUUAUGCUUGUCAAUGCGGUGCUGCCAAAAAUGCUAUUACCCAGGCAGCAACCCCAUGUAUUGCAGCUGGUUGCUCUACUGAAGAUGCUUUGAGUAUGUAUUUCUAUUCCUAAUUCUUCCUUCUAUCCAAUCAACGAUUCCUUGAAUCAAAUAUCCUAACAAACUCCCCCAAAUAGAAUCCCAACAAGUCACCAACCAAAUUUGCGUUCUCGAAGCCGCAGCUAGCUCAUCUGGUUCCUCAUCCGCAGCCGCCUCUACCACCGGCGCAUCAUCAUCUUCCGCUGCUGAAUCCUCCUCUUCAUCUGUAGGAAGUAGUAUUACUUCCGCCACCGGUAGUGCUAUUUCCAGCGCAAGCAGCUCGCUCUCGUCUGUUGGAAGCUCAAUUUCGUCAUCUGCUUCCUCGGUUGCUAGUUCAAUUGCAUCUUCUGCAUCUUCGGCUGCUAGCUCCGCUAGAUCAUCUGCGUUAUCUGUGGCUAGCUCUGCUAGAUCAUCUGCUUCAUCUGCCCAUGCUUCGGCUACUUCUUCUGCUGCGGCUACUACUUCUACUGCUGCUGCAAACCGUGUCGCUGCUGCUGGAGCGGUGGUUGGUGCUGGUUUCUUGGCUGCUUUCGCUUUGUAGUUGUUUACUCGUGGAGUAUCAUGAUGUGGUAAUUCGUGUAUGUGGCAUUGGAAUGGGGAUGGGGAUAUGAAUUGGAUGAAGGGGAUGAUCAUGAAAUAAAACAUCAUGGAUAUCAAGAUGAAUAAUGUCUUUUAAUUCUUUACACAACUUUGUUUUGCUCGGGUGGUGUAAGAUGUAGGAUGGAAGACCAAAAGCAAAUGGAAAAUUAAUGCAGGGUUGUUGGACCUUUUUUAUUAGUAGGACUUAAGAUAUACAAUACUUUUUAUAAUGAUAUCAUAAAUAAAUUAUAUAAACUCUUGUAUUAU